AUGACACAGGUCCCCGACACGCGGCGGCAGCAGUUUGAGCUGCAGCAGGAGGUGGCUCACCUGCAGCGGCAGGCCGCGGCGCUCAACCACCCCGACACAUUUGCCCAGAGUGCCAAGGCGGAGCGCAAGGCAAUAGCGCUAGAAAAGGAGCUGGCCAAGCUUCGGCAGCAGCAGGCCGAAGCUGGGGCGCAACGGCUGCUGCGGGUGCCCCAGAUACUGCGCAUCCUGCUGCUCCUGUGGCUGGCCUAUCAGUCGGCCAAGGUGCCCGUCGUGGGCAUUCUGCAGCCUGAAACUGCAAAGCUGGUGCACCAGGCGCAGUAG